ACCGAAAUUGUGGACGCUGGGCAGAGCUUCGUUGUGAUGUCCGCUUCCGAAAGAGGUCCGCUUUAUUACGCAUCAAGUCGCGACCACGUGACUUCCUGCGCGUUCGGGAAUUAAACGCCGACCCAAGUCUGCUUCUGUCCGUUAGGCAAUGUAAACAUAAGAAAAUAUGUGCUCCAAAGUAUUGAAUUACCAAAUAAAAUUCGUAACAAAGUAUUCUAUUGUUAAUGCCUUAGUUAGUCAGAAGCUAAAAGUAAUACUUCCCACUCGUAUUCAGCUGACCCACAGUUUUUCUAGUACUCAUUUUCCUGUUGACAAAAUAAGUAAUUUGAAGAAAGAUGUGCUACUGUAUUCAUUGGAAAAGACUCGUGUAUAUAAAUAUAUUUCUAUAUUUGGUAUAGCUCAGUUAGCAGUAUGGGUUUUUUAUGCAGGUACAUUAUUCACCAACCUUAGAGACGUAAGUAAAAUUGAAGGACCUGUCGUUGAAAUGCCUAAAAGUAGUUUAUGGAAGCGAAUUAAUUUAGGAGAUAUUAGAUAUCGAAUAGUAGCUGUUUUAGCAUGUUUGAGUAUAGGUAUUGGAACUGCAUUUAUCACUUAUACUCUACCUUUGAGGGUUAUAAAGGCAUUAACUUUAUGUAAAGGAGGUAAUAUGGCUUCUAUAGUUACUUAUGCCCCAUUUGGUAGAACUACUAGAGAAUUUAAAGUUCCAUUGCAUCAACUUAGCUGCUUAGUGUCACGAAAGGAAGCCACAUCUUAUAUACCACUAAAAAUAAAAAAUACAUGGUUUUAUUAUUUAGUAGAUUGUAAAGGACACUUUUGCCAACCAUCUCUGUUUGACUUCACAGUUGGAACAAAAUCUUUUAAGCGGAAUUAAGUGAAAAAAUAUUUUCUGAGAUUAAUUAAUAUGUGGUUGCAGUAAUAUUGCUUAAUUAUUAUUUAUAAAAAAUGUGAAAGAAGAAAAACACGGUGUUAAAAUUAUGUGAUAACAAUAAUCUUAGCUUUUUUGUUAUUGUGCAAUAUGUCAUAGCAAUUUGUAUUUGUCUUUGAAAAAAAGAAAAAUCGUUAAUUGAAAAAUGUUAUUUCUGAAUUUCAUUAUUUUAUGUGCUAAAAUGCUGCUUUCUAAGCUAUUGUAAAAAUUAGGAAAGCAUUUCUUGUUUUUAGAUUGUAUUCAGUUUGAGAUAGUAUGUAACUUACAAUGAAAAAAUCAAUAAAAAGUGUUUCAAUAUGUUAUUAAA